UCUGGGCUGUUCUUGCACUUGCUUCGCUUUGGCCACGGCAGCCAUCCUGCAAACACUCGCCUUGACUGGCGCAUGACAGAAGCUCCAAUUAAUCUUGGCUCCAGUCUCGAAAACUCUGGGGCAACGUGGUUUGCUUUGCCUUGUUUGCGCCCAAGGUCCGCCAAUAGCUCAUCUUCUCAUCUCGAUUUACUCUUAUUGCCUGCUCUUCAUGCAGCCACGACAUCGACACUGGUGCGUAGGAGGCGUGUGUGAAGGUUACAAUACGACACUAGACGGCUUGGCGUUGCCGCAGAGUUUCCACCACUUGCCAUGUUUGGGCACAACUCGGACUCCAAGCCAGAGUCGGACGGUCGGGCAUCAUGGGGGGGAUCAUCAGAGGAACGCCCCACAACCUCGAAAGGAUUCACACGGCCAACCGUGCUGCCCACAUUUUUGUCCACUUCUUUCCGCAAACCGUUGGCUCCGGGCGGCAGAGUCACGGCCGCCGUGGUUGCCGCGGCCGCCUUGGCGAGUAUUUAUACCAUCUGUUGUCUUCCGGCCGGCCCUACGAGCAGGCCCAGCACCGUCUUGGGAGACUCGCCAUUUGCCCACCUAGUACUUGAUCGACCACCGCUCCCGCAAAUCACAAGACUGGCCUUCAACAUGGUAUCCGCAAAAUGGGGCUUUCUUUGGGCCGCCCGAGCUACCGCCUUCGUCGUGUCGUCACCCUUACACAAGACGGCCGAUGCUGUCUACGCCAGGAACUCGCUGGACGCAGCCAAGGCCCUUCAGGCGUGGUAUGACACGUCGACGGGGCUCUGGCUCUCGACAGGCUGGUGGAAUAGCGCCAACUGCCUGACGGUUCUCGGCGACUGGGCCUUGCUGGACAAAGCAAACGCCGUGGCCCUGGGCGUGGCCAGCGUCAUGGCCAACACUUAUAACAAUGCGCAAAAGACUUCUGUCACGACGCAAAAGAGACUGGCUGCUAACGGCCUGGUCAUGGCCAAGUACGAGUUUCACCGCAGAGCACAGAAGCCGGGCGAGUUGGAUACCCGGGGCUUCUCAGGCUUUAUCAACGACUUUUACGAUGAUGAGGGAUGGUGGGCGCUUGCGUUGAUACGGUCGUGGGACGUGACAGGCCAGCAGGGCUACCUGGACAUGGCAGAACACAUAUUCGAAGAUAUGAAGAACGGCACGGACCAGAAGUGCGGAGGCGGUAUCUGGUGGAGCAAGGAGCGGGCGUACAAGAACGCCAUCGCCAACGAGCUAUACCUGAGCGUGGCGGCGAGUCUUGCUAAUCGUGUACCGGGCAAUAAGGACUACUACCUGGGCGUUGCUAAAGCUGAGUGGGCGUGGUUCAAGGGUAGCGGUAUGAUUAAUGCCAACAACCUCAUCAACGACGGGCUGCGCAUCAACGACGACGGCAGCUGCGUCAACAACGGCCAGCAGACGUGGUCGUAUAACCAAGGCGUCGUGCUCGGCGGCCUCGUCGAGCUGGCUAGGGCCAUGGGAGACGGCUCGUACCUGAGCGAGGCCACAGCCAUCGCCGCGGCCGCCCUGUCGGCCCUGUCGGACCCGACCACAAGCAUCAUCCACGAGACGGAUCACUGCGAACCCAACUGCGGCGCCGACGGCUCGCAGUUCAAGGGCAUCUUCGUGCGUAACCUCCACUACCUGCAGGCUGCCGCCCCGCAGAACGCCUUCCGCUCCGCCAUCAACAAGAACGCUGACUCCAUCUGGGCCAACAACCGCAACGAACUCAACCAGCUCGGCAUCGACUGGGCUGGCCCGGCGUCGGCGGGUGGCGGGCCAAACGCCACGACGCAUAGCUCUGCCAUGGACGUUAUUGUUGCGGCGCUGGCGGCGGCGGAGUAGGGAUGGUAGGGCACGUAGAGAAGUGCAUUUCCUUCAAUACUAAUUUUUGUCUGGGGUCACGUUCAACAUUUAUUGUGGCGCAUGAACGGGGGGAAAGGGGCUGGCUGGCUGGCUUGUUUGGGUGUUUAGAUAGGGGCAGGAGUAACGGUGGAUGGAUGGGCUGGGGUAAUCUGGCCGUGUGGGAAGGCUGGUUUAGGAAAGUCGGGUCUCCCAGGAUAAAAUGGAAACCGAAACCGAAAUUCUAUUUACUUUACCUUACCUUACACAUUAGCAAUUACGGUAUUCUGAUCUCCCUUACUGUACCCCG